AUUUUUUUUAUUAAAAGUCAAUUUUUUUUGUUGUUAAUUGUAUGUUUUCGUUUUCUUUUUUUUGAAGUAUAAAUUAUAUUUGUCAUAUCUGAAGUAAACCGUUUGAUAAAAAUAACCCAGUAGUGCUUUUGACUUGUUAUUGACAUGUCAUUAAUGUUAUGUUAUUUGAAAGUUUUUCAAAGUUUUUUGAAUAUAACGAAAAUGUUUCUAGUGACAUUUUUUUUAAUACUCUGUGAUUUUUCAACGAAUAAGCUUAACGCCGAUGGGAAAAUCCUGGACAAAUAUACCAAGAGCCCCGGGAGUAUUUACCAUGGUAGAUAUACGAGAGACAUAAAGGAUCCACAUUUAUUGGUGCCACGACGUGUGUCUCAUGAUGGAAAUUUGGAAACAUAUUUUUUGUCUGGAUAUUACAAUCGUCGUGAAGUUGAUGCAAGAAGAAAAAGAUCAAUCAAUGAUGAUGACAAUGAGGACAAAUUGCACUUGGUUCUUCCGUUUAAUGGAAUUGAACAUCAUGUUGAGUUAACUCCAUUUCACGAUUUUAUCUCACCAGAAAUGGUGAUUGAAAUCCGUGGAAAGGGAAUCAGUAGCGAUUUGAACAAAGGUCUUCAAUUUAAGAGGGUGUCGGAUCAACAGUGUCAUUAUAGGGGCACUGUCAGGGGAGACAAGAAUUCAAGAGCAGCUUUAUCCCUUUGCGACGGUGUUGCUGGUUACGUACAUACCAAUAAUGGACGAUAUUUUAUUGAACCAUUGCAUCAAGUAAAAGCUGAACCGGAUGGUCAACAUGUUCACAUAGCUUAUAAAAGAAGUGCUCCGCAUGAAAAAAAUGAUAAAUUCUGUGGUACUGAUGACAAUUGGGAAACAGCUUGGGCUGAACAAUUAGAAAGAAGAGAGCGUGAAUUAUCAUUACAAAAUCACAAUACAACUAAACGAAGUGACAAAAAAUCAGAUGCAACUCACAGCGUUCAUCGAUAUAUUGAAGCAGCAAUUAUUGCUGAUAAAAAAUUUUUAGAUCAUCACAAGGGAACAGAUUAUCAACAGUAUUUAUUGACAAUAUCAAAUAUGGUGUCAGAUUUUUAUCACGACAGUUCUGUUGGAAAUCAAAUUGACUUUGUUGUAGUGCGAAUGGUAUAUUUGGAACAGGAAAAAGAAGAAAUUGACUUAACAAUUAGUUCCAAUGCAGAGGUGACAUUAUCAAGUUUUGCUAAAUGGGCUAUGAAAAUGAAUCCCGAAUCUCAUACUCAUCCUAAUCAUCACGAUCUUGGCAUUUUGAUUACUAGAUACGACAUUUGUGACGAAAACGAGGAAUGUUCUUUGAUGGGUUUAGCUUAUGUAUCAACAGUCUGUGAUAGAGCAAAGGCGGCUUGCAUUAAUGAAGAUAGUGGACUUCUUUUGGGUAUUGUAGUAGCUCAUGAAGUUGGACACACUUUAGGAUGUGCCCAUGACACCGAAGAAAUUAGUGGUUGUCCUCCUCAAGAUAAAGACAAAAGUUAUUUUCUCAUGUCGCCUUAUGUUUUUAUUUACACUCUAAAAUGGUCAACAUGUAGCAAAAAAUUUAUAACAACUCUAAUGGAAACUGGUUUAGGCGAUUGUCUAACAGAUGAUCCAAAAAAUCCUUCUGAUCAAUUUAAAUAUCCAAAUAUGUUGCCUGGAGCAAUGUACGGACAAGACUAUCAAUGUAAAUUGAUAUACAACAAUUCGGAGUCUUGUGAUAAAAAAGGUGAUUGUGAGGCACUUUGGUGCAAAAAUGGUGGCAAAUGCAUAACAAAUAAUGCUCCACCGGCAGAAGGUUCUAAAUGUGGUACAAAUAAGUGGUGCAUUCAUAAGGAAUGUGUGGACAUUGGUUCACGUCCGUCAGCAGUGAAUGGCGGUUGGGGUGAGUGGGGACCAAUGAGCGAAUGUUCCAGAACAUGCGGCGGGGGUGUCAAAAGUAUGGAAAGAGAAUGUGAUAAACCGGCACCAUCGAAUGGCGGUAGAUUUUGCAUUGGUGAGAGAAAGAAAUUUGAAAUUUGCAACACAAAGCCUUGUGAUUCCUCUGCUAUUUCGUUUCGUGUUAGUCAAUGUCAAGAGUUUAACAAGAAGAAAGUUAAGGACGGAUUGCAUACAUGGACUCCUUACACAGUAGAUGAGACUAAUAUGUGUUCAUUGAAAUGUAUAAAUGAAAAAAAUGUAGUAAUGCAGCUUGCUCCAGUCGUGAAAGAUGGAACUUCUUGUAAAAUUGGAACUAAUUACAUGUGUAUAUCAGGAAUUUGCAGAAAGGUUGGAUGUGACUGGCAAAUAGAUUCAGAUACCAUUGAAGAUCCUUGUGGGGUUUGCAAAGGCACUGGUGUUGGUUGCACUCAUGAACAAGGAGAUUUCACUAAGGAUAAACUCAAAAAUUAUCAAAAAGUGGUAACGGUUCCAAAGGGAAGUACAAGUAUUCGGAUGUAUGAGAAAAAACCAAGUGGAAGUAUGUUGGCAGUUAAACUCGAGAAAGGAGAUAAAUAUUGUCUGAAUGCUGAUUUUGAAGAAAAAUCCAAUGGAGAUUACCCUUGCGCUGGUUCUACCAUUAUAUACACUCAUCCGGAAACGGACAAAGAAAAUUUGGCAAUAAAAGGACCAAUUACUGAGGAUAUUCAGUUGCAGUAUUGCUUUUUUGAAAAAACUAAUCCUGGGGUUCAUUAUGAAUACUACUUUAAGUCGGGAAAUUCUACGGCGACUCCUAAAUAUGCAUGGGAAUUUUUAGAGUGGUCAACAUGUAGUGCUAAAUGUGGAGGAGGUACAAAGAUUUCAGAACCUACGUGUCUUGAACAGCAAGCUGGAAAAGUGUCUCCCAGUUUUUGCUCCAGUAUACCACGUCCAGAACCCAAAACUCAAACAUGCAAUGAACAAUCAUGCCUUGCAAAAUGGAGAGUCAGUCAAUGGAGUGCGUGUAAUGCUUGUAAUAAGAAAAAAGGUACUCUUCGUCGAAAGGUACAAUGUGUAAAACCAGGAGCACAUCCUGGUGAAGAUGACGUUGUUGCUGAAUUAUCAGAAUGUAAGGGUCGCACUCCAAUUCAGAAAAAAAAUUGUAUUGGAACUAGGCCUUGCAAAAAGAAUUGUAAAGAUAGAAGAGAAAUUGAAAUAUUAGAGAAAAAUCACUUGUUGACACCAGAGGAUCAACACAGACUAAUCGAUCGAUUUGUGGAUGUGAGUCUUGUGCAAUAUCUUGACUCCCAUAGGAAUUCCUUCAAAGCCAUCAAACCUGAGAAACGAAAUACCGCCGACAACAAUGACUUUAGGGAAUUGCUUCACAAUUGGGUUACCAGUGACAAAGACAAUGGAAAAAGACAUUGCAAAGAGAAAAAACAUAUUAAAAAAGAAUUAACCACUCCAAAACCUGGUUCAAUAAUUAAAGAUCCUGCACCUCGAGAUAAGGAGAUUCUUAUUAUAGCACCUUUCAGGGAAAACUCUCUUCAUUCUAACAUGUCUGAUCUUGCUUUCCAAGAGGCUGGUGAUUCCGGUGAUAUUUCAAUUGACACUGAACAUAAGAAAAUAUUUACAGGCAAAGACGCUAUAAAUCUGGAGAAUAAAAUAAGACAUCACAAUAUUUCACAACAUGAUUUAGAUAAACUUUGUUGUUCUAAUGAUUCUCAAUCAAAUCAUCACUGAAUAUUUUAUCCUUUUUCAAUAAGAUUAAGUAGUUUCAUUAAAAAGUUGUAAGAAAUGUUCUUUAUUAUUUUAAUUAAAUUAUUCUAAAGUUUGAUUUUAAUUGUUUCAUAGAUUGUGAUUUGGUGCAUGACGUUAAGGGCAAAACUAGUUUAUAAAAAUAUUUUUAUUUUAUCAAUCAAAACUUAAUUUAUCCAAAUUAUUUUAAGUAAUUACAUAUUUAAUUCAGAUUUUCAUUCACCGAAAUUAUUUUGAGUAAUUACAUUUAAUUUAGAUUUCAGUUUUUCUGUAUUUUUUUUAAUUAAAGUUUUUGCAUAAAUCAUGAAAUAACAUAAAAAAAACUUUUCCGGCAAGAAGCCUGGAAUACAACAUAUGCAUAAAUUAUAUUUUUUACGGUCAUUUGUAUUUAAAUAACAUUAUUUUUAAUUGAAACAUUUGUAGAAAUGAAUGUGUAUAAAUUGAAUAAACUGGUAACUUGUCACUUGGUAACUGUAGGUACAUCUUAGCACUACUGCAAAAGUUUGUGUAUUUUUGUGUCAGUUUGUAAUUCAUUAUGAGUGAUUUAUUACAUAAAUAAUUAUUGUUUAUUUAUUAUUAAUUAGUAAUAAAUUAUUAUCGUUGUUAUUUGUAGUAAUAUGAAAAACAAAUGAUACUGUGAGGAAAUCCUCGAUAUGAGAACGAUUUAGCGCCUGACGGUAGAUAUUUUCUUAUACAUAUUAUCUUCGUAAAAUUUUGACGAAAACUAUAUGAAUUUCGGUGAAUCGUGGACUGGCGUUUGGGGGGAGAGAUUUGAGGAAAAUAUAAAAUAAGUAGUUCCCUUGUCCUCUGCCUCAUUUGCUCGUUAUCUUGUGUAUAAAGAAAAUCCCGCGCCAUAUUUUGAUGUCCGACGUCAAUGACUCAAAUGUCGUUCUUUUGUGUAAUUUUAUCUAUUUUUGUUUUAUCAAUGGUUGUUAAAUUAUAUAUAUAUAUAUUAAUUAAAUUUUAUUAAAAGUAUUUUUUUUUGUAUUGAAAUUAAAGUGUGGCGUUUAAUUGAUAAUGGGGGGAUUGUGGAUUCUAAGCGUUGGCAGAGUACAAGGGGAUGAUUUGGAGCUGUUGCUACUUAUAAAACACAUAAAACUACGACUACAAUAUCGAAUGGUCUUAAGGAUUUUGGAACUAAUAAGGAAAUUCUAGAUAUUCCGGAAUUUAAGUUCAUCUCUCCAUACCCGAUCAGCGCCACGUCUUACGAAUUCACCUUUAAUAGAACGAGGAAUGAGUAUUCUUAUUUUUUUUUAUUAUUUAUUGAACAUUGUUAUAUUUCCUUUUAAAUACCAGUUUACUAAUCUAUGUAUGUAUGAAUUCUUUGAUGAUUUCUGUAUGUGUGUGAAUGUGGUUGACGUGAAUGAAUUUAUAUAUAUGUAUAAAGUAAUCUGAAUAAUCACUACUGUUAUAUAAAUGAUGCA